AUGGAAUUUCUUGAGAGAACUUUUCUUGUGAAUGACAAAGCCACCAAGAUGUAUGCCUUCACACUAGACAGUGUGGAACUCCAGCAGAAGACCUUGAAUAAAAAUCAAUGUCCUGGAGAGAAGCCAGAAGAGCUGGAGUCAGGAGCCAUCUAUCACUGCCAUGGCAACUCCAAGGCUGCAGAGAACAGGGCAAAUGAGCAACAAUACGCCAAGUGGAAACUCUGUGCUGCUUCGGGAAUAUGCUUCGUUUUCAUGAUCGCAGAGGUCGUAGGUGGCCACAUUGCUGGAAGUCUUGCUGUCGUCACAGAUGCUGCCCACCUCCUAACUGACCUGACCAGUUUCCUGCUCAGCCUCUUCUCUUUGUGGUUGUCUUCCAAGCCCCCCUCCAAGCGGCUGACAUUUGGAUGGCACCGAGCAGAGAUCCUUGGUGCCCUGCUGUCCAUCCUAUGUGUCUGGGUGGUGACUGGUGUGUUGGUAUACCUGGCGUGUAAGCGCCUGCUGUACCCCGAUUACCAGAUCCAGACGACCAUGAUGAUCAUCGUUUCGGGCUGUGCAGUGGCAGCCAAUAUUAUGCUAAGUGUGAUUUUGCACCAGAGACGCCCUGGCCACAAUCAUAAAGGAGUGCAAGUUAAUGCCAGUGUGAGAGCAGCAUUUGUGCAUGCCCUUGGAGAUCUAUUUCAGAGCAUCAGUGUGUUAACCAGUGCACUUAUUAUCUACUUUAAGCCAGACUAUAAAAUGGCCGAUCCAAUCUGUACAUUUGUCUUUUCCAUCCUGGUUGUGGCCAGCACCAUUACUGUCUUAAAGGACUUCUCCAUCUUACUCAUGGAAGGUGUGCCAAAGAACCUAACUACAACAGCAUGAAAGAGCUCAUGUUAGCAGUGGAAGGGGGUGGUGUCUGUGCACAGCUUGCACGUCUGGUCUCUAACAAUGAACCAGCGAUUGUCUCCGUUAACGUUGCUGCAGGUCACAGCCAGCGGACAGCCAGUCGUUCGGAGAGAGAUUGCCGAAGCCCUCAGUUCAUAGCUUCCUGUGCACUCACUCACCAUUCAGAUGGAAUCUCCAGCGGAACAGGACCCCGACUGCCUUUUCUGUGAAGACCCCCAGGACUAGUUUCGUCACACCGUCAGCCUCCUGAGUGUGACA